CUUAAUAAUAGUGGAUCAUACUAUACUUAAUCAUCCUCAAGCAUCAAAGAAUAUGGCAGCUUGGUGGUCAUGUAUAGCCAUAAUAUUCACAGCAACUUUAUACACGUCCUUUACAAGAGUGGAGUCCUCCCAUGGCGAUCAGAUCAGCAGCUUGCCGGGGCAACCAGCUAACGUCACUUUCCGGCAAUACUCCGGCUACGUUAAAGUUGACCAGCAUAGGGCUCUUUUCUACUACUUUGUCGAGGCCGAAACUCAGCCAGAUUCUAAGCCACUUGUUCUCUGGCUAAAUGGUGGUCCUGGGUGCUCAUCUGUUGGAGUUGGAGCUUUCGGGGAGCAUGGCCCUUUCCGACCUCGAGGGAAUGUCUUGAUAAAAAAUCCCCACAACUGGAACAAAGAGGCAAACAUGUUGUAUUUGGAAUCCCCUGCAGGAGUUGGGUUCUCAUAUUCUCUCAAUCAAUCCUACUAUACUUACGUGAAUGAUGAGAUGACAGCAAGAGACAAUCUAAUAUUUCUGAAAAGAUGGUUCCACAAGUUCCAAAACUACCGGGGACGAGAAUUUUUCAUUACGGGAGAAAGUUAUGCAGGGCAUUAUGUUCCACAACUUGCUCAGCUCAUCAUACAAUCAAAGGCAAACAUUAAUCUUAAGGGAAUAGCAAUUGGAAACCCUCUUUUGGAGUUCAACACAGAUUUCAAUGCCGUGGGAGAGUAUUGCUGGUCACAUGGAUUAAUAUCAGAUUAUACAUAUGGACUUCUCAAUAUAAUAAGGUCUGUAACACAUCUAUAAUGCGAAGGCAAUUUGAUGAUACUGGAAACCUUACGCCUCAUUGCCAUCAAGUAAAUGAUCAAGUGAAUGCUGAAAUUGGAAACUAUAUUGAUGUUUAUGAUGUGACCGAAGAUGUCUGUAUUUUCCCACAAUCAAAGAAGAUCACUACAUUGGAUUAUGUGGCGCUUUGUAUGCUCUUAAAAAGUUCCUCUUAUAUAUAUAUACAUAUAUAUAUUGAUUACCAUCAAGCAUAGUGCCACAUUCUACUAUUAGUGCAUUCAACCUAAUUAAGGUAAAUUCUCUCUUUCCUUUCGAGUUUUCGGGAUAUCUCAUAAAUAAAUUCUCACUUCCUUUUUGGAAAUAUUGGAAUGGUAAUGUAUUCUUUUACCCCUAUGAAAGUUAUGUCAUAAAUUAUUAGUUUUUCUCUUUCAUACGUUUGAGGAUGGGUAUACUAGCUCAAAAGUCCAUGGAAAAAAUAUUUUGCCUAAAACCCUAAGAAUUCAAACUUGAAACUUAAUUACGGGACGGGAUGAGUAUUACAAACAUAUUACUCCACAUGCAAUGUCCCUUAAAUUUUCAUCAUCCUAGUACCAAGUAGCAAUAAACACCUGCAUGUAUCAAUGUAUGCAUGCAACUUUCAGCCUUCACAUAAAUUUAAUUUGUUGAUUGAUUUUGUUUCAGAAAAAAGACGUAUGCAUAGAGGAAGAAACCAUUGCGUAUUUUGGUCGAAAAGACGUGCAAAAAUCUUUACAUGCACGUGUUCAUGGAGUGAAUGGUUGGUCCACGUGCAGCGAUAUCCUAAUCUAUGACAUGCGCAAUUUGGAGGUUCCUACCAUUAACAUUCUAGGUUCCCUUGUCAAGUCUGGGGUUCGCGUAUUGGUUUACAGUGGAGAUCAAGAUUCAGUUAUCCCAUUUACGGGAACUCGGAAAUUGGUUUAUAAAUUGGCAAAGUUUAUUGGAUUGAACACAUCUAUGCCAUACCGCCCUUGGUUUGAGGGAGAACAGGUUGGUGGAUGGACACAAAGGUAUGGAGAGUUGCUUUCCUUUGCAACAAUAAGAGGUGCUGGUCAUGAAGCUCCAUUUUCACAGCCUGAGAGGUCACUUGUCCUGUUUCAUUCAUUUCUCGCUGGAAAAUCAUUUCCUGUUUUCAACACAAGUAGUGGAAGAGCAUUGCAAAGUAGAAGCACAUCAACAAGAUUUGUUGGAAAACUAAAUGAUUUGCAUUAAUAAUGUACGUACUACGUAUGAUCUUUCAUUGUUGGUCACACUUUGAGAUGGUUGAUCAAAGUAUAUACUUCAUAGCUAGGUAGAAAAAAAUCAUUUUAAUGCUUUUAUUGGAAGUUUGUCCAAUACUGUAAUUAUCAUGAACCACUGCUUUCAUGUUAGUUUUUCAUUUUACAUUUUCAUUGGA